UCAUUCACAAACACACACUUGUAUAACACUGCCAGACACGCUCACGCUGCAGACCGCCUCUUCUUUAGGGUUGUGAUGGCAGACACGGCUGUUCAGAUGACUGGAGUCGGAGAUGUGGACAACAAUGUGUCCAGGACACCGGUGUCCACCAGAAUGUCCUUCUCAUCGUCCAGACGAGGAGGGACCGUGAGCUUCCACAACAUCAACUACAGCGUGAAGAUGAAGAGCGGCUUCAUGUUCAAGAGGAAGGUUACGCAGAAGAACAUCCUCAUCGAGCUCAAUGGUGUCAUGAGGCCGGGACUGAACGCCAUAUUAGGACCCACCGGGAGCGGGAAAUCAUCGUUUCUGGACGUUCUGGCCGCUCGUAAGGAUCCUGCUGGUCUUUCUGGAGAGGUUCUUAUAGACGGAGCUCCACAGCCUCCAAACUUCAAAUGUCUGUCGGGAUACGUAGUGCAGGAUGACGUGGUCAUGGGGACGCUGACCGUUCGAGAGAAUCUGCGUUUCUCAGCAGCUUUAAGGCUCCCGAAGUCGAUCCGUCAGCGAGAAAAAGAUGAGAAGGUUGAGAAACUUAUUCAGGAGCUGGGAUUGAGCAAAGUGGCCAAUUCACGGGUAACAAACCAAAUACACCUUUAUCUGACUGACUACAUAGGAACAGAGACAAACAUUGGCAUGGAGCUGAUCAUGAUCACCGUGCUUUUCCUGGACGAACCGACCACCGGCCUGGACGCCAGUACAGCCAACUCCGUCCUCAUGCUGCUCAAGAGAAUGGCGAACAGCGGUCGCACCAUCAUCCUGUCCAUCCAUCAGCCGCGGUACUCCAUCUACCGGCUGUUCGACAGCCUCACACUGCUAUUGGGAGGAAGACUGGUGUAUCACGGCCCGGCUCAAGAUGCCCUGGACUACUUCAGCCGUAUCGGAUACACCUGUGAACCUCAUAACAACCCUGCUGAUUUCUUUCUGGAUGUCAUCAAUGGAGAAUCCACCGCUGUUGCUCUCAACAAGUUAAACAACAAUGAGGAACUGGACGAGGAGCAGCUGAGUUCGUCUCUGAAGGGCAUCGAGGACCGUUUGGUGGAGGAAUACAAGAACAGCGCUAGCUACAAACUGACUAAAAGUGAGUUAGAGCGAAUCACUCAGGGACAGGACUACAGCACACGACCCAAAUCCAGAACCAUCACCUACAGCACAUCCUUCUUCCACCAGUUCAACUGGGUCCUCAAGAGAACCUUCAGGAACCUCAUGCUGAACCCACAGACCUCUUUCGCUCAGAUCGGGGUGAUGAUUUUCCUGGCUUUAGUUGUUGGAGCCAUAUUUUUUGGAGUAGAGGAGAAUUCGAGCGGCAUUCAGAACAGGAUGGGCGCACUCUUUUUCAUCACCACCAAUCAGUGCUUCAGUUCCAUUUCCUCAGUUGAACUCUUCAUCACUGAGAGGAAACUGUUUGUGCACGAGUACAUCAGCGGAUACUACAGAGUCUCGGUGUACUUCUUGUCUAAGAUCCUGUCUGACGUCCUGACUCUGCGUACAAUCCCGGCCGUCAUCUUCAGCUGUGUGGCGUACUGGAUGAUCGGUCUGAAGGCAUCGGCUGAGGCCUUCUUCAUCUUCAUGUUCUCCAUCGUUCUGGUGUCAUACACAGCCACAUCCAUGACUCUGGCCAUCUCCGCUGAUCAGACAGUGUUGGCCAUCGCUAACAUCUUCAUGACCAUCAGCUUUGUCUUUAUGAUGAUCUUCUCAGGGCUGCUGGUGAAUCUCCCGAGUGUCGCUGACUGGUUAAACUGGCUGAAGUAUUUCAGUAUUCCUCGUUACGGUCUCGCUGCUUUGGAAAUCAAUGAGUUCACCGGCCUCAAAUUCUGUGACAUGACGAACGUUAGCAGCACUUUAGUCGAAGUCUGCACCACAGGUGAGGGGUUUCUGAGCAAACAGGGCAUCACUUACUCAUCCUGGGGUUUGUGGCAGAAUCAUCUGGCUCUGGGAAUCAUGACUCUCAUCUUCCUCAUCAUCGCUUACCUCAAGCUGCGCUUCAUCAAGAAAUUCACCUAAACACAGCCUCAUGCUGACAGUCGUGAUGCAGAAGGAAAUCAUAAACAUACAUCCAAUCAUGCUGCAGACAGAAAUGAACGUGAAGAAUUGACUGUGCUCAGGCUUAUUGUUCUCAAAUAGUUUGCACACCAAAGAUUGUUUUAAAAUUAAUGUUUUUGUUUUUUUUGCUCAGUAACAGUACAGUUACUAAAAUAUGUCAAUAUGGAGUCUGUUACAGAUAUAUUCAGUUAGUUUCUGUUUAAUGGACUUUUAGUUUAUUUUCAUCAUUUCCUAUGUUCCUUUGGUCUUCCCGUUUGUCAUAGUUACUGAUAUGAUUAGUUGUGUCUCGUUGAUGUACCCUGUUUGUAUCAGUACUUAAGCUCUCCCUUCUGUGUUCUUUGUCCGGUCUCGUUCACGUUAGUGUUGGUUUAUGCCUUCUGUUCUGUUUGCCAGUGCGUUUUGGAUUAAAGACUUUAUGGUAAGGA